AUGGUGACCCUCAACGUGGCCCUCAACUCGGAGUCGGGUCUGCUGAUCACGGUGCUGGUGAGCAACCAGUUCAUCGAACUCAAGGGCUGCGUCUUCAAGAAGUACUCCAAGGAGAACCUCUUCCAGAUCUCCUGCAGCGAUGCUGUGGAGCGCUUCCAGAUCUUCGUGUUCAUCAUCAUGAGCUCCCUCCAUAACAUGAACGACCUCAACUGGGAGAUCACAUCGGAGUGGGUGACGCAGAUGCUGGUGAUGACGGGGAUGAUAUUCGUGAGCGAGAACCUGGUGGAUUGGAUCAAGCACUGCUUCGUUACCAAGUUCAACCACCUCACGCCCGACCUCUACCGCAAGUACCAGACCAUCAUCUGCUCCGACAUCGUCGCCUCCCGCGCCAAACACGGCGCCUUCGAUCACCACUACGCCCUCUCCCGGCGCAUCGGCUUCGUAUCGAUGCCGUUAGCUUGCCUGGUGAUGCCGCUGGGCGGGUGGUGGGGCGUGCUGGUGCUGGGGCUCACCUGGAGCUGCCUGGUGGCCCUCAAGGCCCUCCUCUUCCUCCAGCUCUACGGCCUCGCCCACCGCAUGUACACCCGCGACAAGCUCGACGAGCAGGAGCAGACGCUCACGGCCGUCGAAAGAGAGGAGGCCGAGACGCGGGCGGGGCUGGCCGGCGUGCAGCGCUAUUCGCUGUUGAGCGGCAAGGUGCCAUGA